UCUCAAGAGACACCUAGAGACACACACAACCCUGCAAACGUCUACACACACAGCUUCAAGAAUGGUUGAGCCCAGCCCUCCAGCACUGCACCUCCUGUCUGCCGGGGAUGCCGGCAUGGCGUGCGUUGGUGUCAAAGUAGAGCAGGAAGAGUCCGGAGUCAUUACCAACGCUGAGCCUUCCAAGAGGUGUCCCUCGCGCGAUUGGUCAGGGAAUCAUCCACUGGAGGCUCGCCAGUUGACCCCACCGCUCUCCCGCUCCCCUUCGGAGGGCUCUCCAGGUAAGGAGCUGUCUCACAGGCAAAGCCCCAUGGGCCUGAAGGACGCCAGGACACACGACAGACUGGAAGGACAAUCCAGCUUCAAAGAAGUAAUGCCUACCAUUGAGAAGCUGCUGAAUGCUGACUGGAAGGAGAAACUUCUGGAUAAAAGCACAGUGGGGGCAGGACAACUGAAAGGUACCCCCGAGGCUCUGGCUGAGAAGGAGCUCCAGCUGCUGAUGAUGAUCAACCAGCUGAGCGGUCUGAGGGAGCAGCUGCUGGGAGCUCACUCCGAGCAGAGGAACAUGGCCGCCCUGCUGCUGGAGAAACAGCAGCAGCAGAUGGAGCUGGCCCGACAACAGCAGGAACAGAUCGCCAAGCAGCAGCAGCAGCUCAUCCAGCAGCAGCACAAGAUCAACCUGCUGCAGCAGCAGAUCCAGCAGGUGAACAUGCCCUACGUGAUGAUCCCGGCUUUCCACCCCAGCACCCAGUCCCUCUCGGUCUCCUCUGAAUCCCAGAUGACCCAGAUGACCUUACCGCUACAACCGAUACCCUGCAAACCAGCCGUGGACUAUCCCAUGCAGCUGCUGCCGAACCCUCACCCCGCCCCCAUCAAGAGGAGCAGCUCCUACCGACAGGAAGCCAGUCAGCCCUUGAACCUGACCUCCAAGCCAAAGGGGCUGGAGCUGGGGAAAACACCCAGUCCGCAGAGCAUGGAGCUGGGAUCGCUGUACAGGUCCAGAGACCUCCAGAGAGAAGUGAACCACAGCCCGCCACGAUCGGCCCUCAGUUUCCUCGGAGAUGGCGACGUGGUCACCCAGGCCAUCCACGAUGCCCAGCAGCUCCUGAGGGGCCACGGCGCCGGAGGGCGAGAGAGGGAACGGGAGAGAGAGAGAGACGGCGGCAGGAAGAUGGAGUAUAAAGAUUCUCCGCGCAGCGAGAGAAUUUCUCAUGCCGAGCGCGGCGAGGACCACCUCAGCAGUGACUCUGAGGGUAGGUGUCCCCGGAGGAGCCUGCUUAUUCAUAAUGAAUGGCCUUCGUCAUUGAUGUUUGCCAAAAUGGGUGCCCUGCCCGUCUCCAACCCGGGCAGCUACGUUGAGACCCGGCCCCCUCCCUCCUCGGGCCACAUCAAGAGACCCAUGAACGCCUUCAUGGUGUGGGCCAAAGACGAGCGCCGCAGGAUCCUGCAGGCCUUCCCCGACAUGCACAACUCCUCCAUCAGCAAGAUCUUGGGCUCCAGGUGGAAGGGCAUGUCCAACCAGGAGAAGCAGCCAUACUACGAAGAGCAGGCGAGGCUGAGCAGGCAGCAUCUGGAGCGCUACCCAGACUACAAGUACAAACCGCGGCCCAAACGGACCUGCAUUGUGGAGGGACGAAGGCUGAGGGUGGGCGAGUACAAGGCCAUGAUGAAGAACCGCCGGCAGGAGCAGCGAGCGACCUACACGCACAGUCAAACGGAGCCGCAGCAGAUCCACUACUCCCACGGCGACGGCCAGUACCCGGGCGGCGGCGUCGGCUCGGUCUCGGUGGCGACCAUGCCCUUUCACCCGGCGCUGCUGGAGCACUACCUGCCGCAGGUCCCGCCCACGCUGCGUCGGGUGGAGGACCAGGCCACGCCCACCUCUGUACCCGUCAGAGAGAGAGAGAGGGAACGAGAGAGGGAGCGCCCUCCUCCGUACAGCGAGGGAGAGGAGAGUGACGGGGGAGAGAGGAGCGAGGGGGAACUGGUGCUGCUGACGGACUGAACGGGGAGGGGUGGAGGAAAGGAAAGGAAAAUAGAGGUGAGGGAUGAGAGGGAAGCCGAGCUCCUUCAUAGACACGUCAUCAGCUGCUUUGUUUUAGAAUUCAUACUGAAGGUUUAUCGUUUAAUCCCUUCUUGUUUUCCUCCCAUGUUGACUUUUGUUGACCACCUCAUUGGAGGAGAGCUUCAGUAGUAUCCAUGUGUUCACCUGUUGGAAGGCUCUCUGUGGUUGAAGCAACAGGCCAGUGAUGGAGCUGCAUGUUAUCAGUAUGUCAGUACUGCCCCCUCCUGGUAAACGCUGCUUAUAACUCAAUGGAAAGGAGGAGGGGAGUUGAGAGGCUGUUGCUAAUUUAUUACAUGUAACCAAUUUAAGUCAGAUUGUCUGGAUACACAGUCUAAUUCAAAAUUGAUCUUGAGGAAAGAUUAAGGAGAAAGAAUGGAGGUUUAUUAUUGAAAUUCAGAGCAGCAGAGGCUGAGAUGUCCUGACUUUUAGUCCCCAGUGUGCUCCAAAAACACUGGAUCCUACACUUCCCAUAAUGCAACUGUUACAUUAGAACCUUCCCUUCCUGGUAAAUUUCAAACUUCAUACCACCAUUUUCUAACUCGGGCUUUAUAUCAAAGAACGUAUAUCGCCAAGAAGUGAAAGUCAGAUGUUCGUUCCAUUGCAACGUCGGCGCCCAGCAGCACAGCUACUCCUCCACCAUUUUGGACUGAAAGCGACUACCGGACGCCAGUAAAACGUCCGCCUAAAAAAUGCCGUACAAAAGUAAAACAAAAUUUCUAUUUUAUUGUCAUAUUCUACCGAAAUAACCUGUGUUGAACAAUAAAAUAUUAUAAAUAUAAUAAGCGUUUUCAGUCCAAAAUAGUGGCAGCGGCUGUCGUCAAACAAACACCGGAGUUUCCUCUCUUUGCUUUUAGUCCCCAGUAUGGUUCACUGGAUCCUACACUUCCCAUAAUGCAACUUCACACCAUGUUACAUUAAAACCUUCCCUUCCUGUUAAAUGUUGUUUCAAACUUGUAUCGGCAAGAAGUGAAAGUCAGUUGUUCGUUCCAUCGCAACGUCGGCGCCCAGCAGCAGAGCUACUCCUCUGCCAUUUUGGACUGAAAUCGACCACUGGACGCCAGUAAAACGUCCACCUAAUAAGUGCCGUACAAAAGUAAAACAAAAUUUCUAUUUUAUUGUCAUAUUCUACCAAAAUAACCUGUGUUGAACAAUAAAAUAUUAUAAAUAUAAUAAGCGUUUUCAGUCCUAAAUGGCGGUUGUCGUCAAACAAACACCGGAGUUUCCUCUCUUUGCUUCUAUACGGGAUCCUACACUUCCCAUAAUGCAACUUCACACAGUGUUACAUUAGAAUCUCCCCUUCCUGGUAAAUAUUGUCUCAAACUUCAUACCGUCAUUUUCCAACUCUGGCUUUAUAUCAAAGAACGUAUAUCACCAAGAAGUGAGAGUCAGUUGUUCGUUCCAUCGCAACGUCGGCGCCCAGCAGCAGAGCUACGCUUCUGCCAUUUUGGACUGAAAGCGACUACCGGACGCCAGUAAAACGUCCACCUAAAAAGUGCCGUACAAAAGUAUUUCUAUUCUAUUGUCGUAUUCUACCAAUUUACAAGUUUACAAUCAGCCAAUGACAUCAUCUUCAAGAAGCUGCAUCCCAGAUCAUGUACAGUAAAUUAACGACCCUCCUCUUCGUCGUCCUCCCUCAUCACCCUGUUUCAGUUGAGCUGUGCUGUGUUAUGCUGUAUUCGUGUGUCUAUCCUCUCCGUAGCACGGUGGGUUGACCUCAGCCUUACCUGUUGUUUUUUUUAUACCUCUGUGUUUGCUUCUUUGAGUGUUAAUUGAUUGUCGUGUUGAGCAUCUCCUUUCUGUGUAUCCAAAUGUCAGCUGUUAUUUUUUAUUUUAUUUUUUGCUGCUUUUGAGACGCAGCCUCCCGCAAACAUCCACAUACAGAAAUCAUCAUUUUCUUCUGGAAUUAGUUUCAUAUUUAAACGCUGAAAGUAAAACUACAUGCCAUUUCUUUUUAUUGCAGUGACAGAUCAAUUGGCCCGUUUAUUAGAAGCUCCAUCUGACUAAACUGUUGUCUUCUUAUUUCAUCUUUUAUUUCCCUGUUCCAUAGACAGACAUCCAACAAAUCAAUCACAUGUCACAUGGGAGCAGAAGCUGUUGUUUUAUUGUCAGGAUGUCCUCUCUCUAAUACUGUGGUGGCUACUACAGAGACGGAGACAAUGGUCAGUUAGUGGUUAUAUGAGGUGUUGACGGUGCUACCCAAAGUGAAAGAGAUGGAAAAACAAAAGGUUUGGGUGACUGAACCACUGGUCAACUUCAUGAGAACACAGAAACCAAAAUCAUCCGGUACGUCGACGGCUACGGUGCUCCGCACUAAUAAUUUAGCUUGCUUGAGUCCUAAAACCCGGAAAUGAGUUAGCAUUUUAGCACUUCCUGUUCCCUCGUUUGGAAGUCAAUGGGUUUUUAGUUAGAUGCCUGAAAUAAGGUCUGUGGUUAAAACAAGCUGAAGAGAUUUUAACGUUUUGUUCUACAACAUAAAAUACAUCAAUAAUUAAAUUUCUAGGAGGAGUUAGUUAAAGUAUAGUGCCUGGAAAUGGUAAAAUUCAAUUAAAAAUGGCCGACUUCCUGUUGGGUUUACGGUAUACCUCCAAGAGGCUUUUUUGUACGUCUCAACAUGUUACAUGUACCUGCCAAAUUUCAUACUUCUAGGUGAAACCACAACGAGGGGCUCAAAUUUAUCAAUUUUUUUUAGGGGGCGCUAUCGAGCCAUUUUGUCACAUCCGAAGAAAUGAUCCCAGAAAAUAUCACAUUUUUCACCAGUCCUGAUACAUGUGCCAAAUUUGUUCAGUGUCCGAGCACCUCUAGCUCCUCAAAAAUGUGAUUACUUUGCGUAAAUAAUAAUAAUAAUAAUAAUAAUAAACAAAGCAUUACAAUAGGGCCUCGCCGACCUUUGGUCAGUGCUCGGGCCCAAAAUAGCCCACUCAUUAAUUUUGAAACCUUUACGUGUCUUAUAAAAGGCGGUUGCUAACAAGAGGCUAAAUGAGACUACUGAACGUCAUCACGCCGACUCGUUCUCCUUUACAGCCUCGUUGUGUUAUAGUUUGUUUAUAGCCUAACGUUAGCUUUUUACUUCUGGCAAUAGCAUUCACGCAUCAAAAAUCAUAAUAGUGGUGUUCAUUAGUGGACAUUAUCUUGCUGAACAAAACGUGUAAAGUAUCAUAAACGUUUGUUUACCACAGAGCUUAUUUUUCUGCAAUAAUCCCAAACCCAAUGGAACAAUCCCGUUGGCUUUUUGUCGAGGGAACCAGGGCGAUGCUAUCUUCCUGGUUGGCCAACAAAAAUAUCCCUGGAGCACUCGAUGCAUAACCUCAACCAUCUCGCAAAAUUUGCGGCAAAUCUGCGGCAUUUUUCAGUCCGUAAUAAUCCAUUUAGUCGUAUAUUGUUUUUUACCUCAUCAUUUUAUAACAUGUCUGAGGAAAAGCAUGUUGUGUACACGACUUCCCGUGUUCUAAACACAAACUCACGAGUUUCAUUUGAAGGCACCAAAGGUCUCAUGGUGGUACACCGGAAGGAGCGGGGCUCAGCUUCUCUAUACCAAGUGAAGGUGAAGUUUUGGAGGCUGUGUGCAUCCCAAAAAUCACCGUCAGCGGAUGAAUAUGAGGUUGCAUUAAAUAAAAUAGUGCCAAACCUGUUACCUUUGGCUAGCACUUGUGAGCACAUGGAUAGUUUUGGCGUCUUUGUUCUCAUCACUCAAUAACCACACUGACCAACAGGACAAUUUAACACAAACUUAAAUAAACACCGGGGUCAAUCCACUUGGAGCUAACCGCAAGGAUGACAAAUCAAAAUGUGGGGAAAAGACACAUUUCAGGCGUCGGGGGUCCGGGGGGUCGGGGCUCAUCCUUUCCAAUCAGGGCUGUGUAGAGUAAAGAUGCUGGCUUUUUGUGCACAGAGACGGAUAUCAGAGGAAAACAAUGUUUAUCUUAUUUUAGCGGAGACACGCUGAGGGAGGAGUCACCUGUCGUUACCCCUGCUGAUGUAAAUAUAGAAAGAGACUUUAUUUUGUUUAUAAGAGCCUGUGUAAUUUAAAGGUGUACGUUUCUUUAUGUUUUCAGAGUUUUGUGUUGUUGUUGUUUUUUUUUCUUGAAAGACAAUAAAUUGGUUGUGCUAA